ACCACGUGGGACGUCCGCCCCGUUGAACGUUGUCUAGCUCGUCGACGGCACCUCCACGGCCUCUGACGAUCUCCUCGACUUGCAUCCUCCUACAUCGGUUGCAAGCAACCCCAACAGUGACGACAAGAGCCGAGCACAACAAAAAACUGUGCACGGUUCAACCUGCGCCUCAUCGAAGACCACAGACCGUCAACACCUCCAUAUCCUCUGCCCAGCAUGUCUUCCAAGCUGAAGAAUAAGUUGAAGCAGACGAAGUUUCCUGUGGCGCGCAUCAAGAAGAUCAUGCAGAAAGACGACGAUGUAGGCAAGGUCGCGCAGGCAACACCUGUGGUUAUAUCCAAGGCGCUUGAGCUCUUCUUGAAAACCAUCGUGGACGAAUCUGCCAAAGUCACCCUGCAGCGCGGCGCGAAGAAAGUCGAAGCAUAUCACCUCAAGCAUGCCGUCGAAACUGUUGAAGUCCUCGACUUCUUGAAGGACAUAGUCGCCGGCGUCCCCGACCCCUCUGCCGGUGGCACCAUUGACCCGCACGAGAACUCCAAGCGUCGCGGCAAGGGCAAGGCCCGCGCGCGCGCCGCUGCCGCGGGCGACGACGACGAGGAAGGAGAUGGAAACGACGGGGACGUGCACAUGGCCAGCGCGCACACAGACGAGGACGGCGAAGGUGGCGAUGGCGACAGCGAUGAGGAAAAGCCAAAGCCGAAGCGCGCACGGAAGCCGCGGGAGCCCAAGGAGCCCAAACCAAAGAAAGACCCCAAGCCCAAAGUCCCCAAAGCACCGAAGGAGCCCAAGCCGCCCAAGGAGCCUAAGCCACCGAAGGAACCGAAGCCAAAGAAGGAGGCCAAGCCGCGCGCGCCUCGCAAGACGAAGGUUGAGAACGGAGACGGGGAGGAAGCGCCGAAGCGCAGGCGGCGGAAGAAGGCGGAUGAGCCGGAGGCGAUGGGCGAGGGCAUGGGCUCUUUCGCGCUCGAGCCGCCGGGCGGGUACGUGCAGACAUACGAGCAGCAGGCCCAAGCAUACGACGCCGGCGCGAGCAACUACGAUGCAGGCGCGGGUGAGUACGAGGCGGGUGCUAGCACGUAUGCGUCCGGUGGGGGAUACGACGACGAGGACAGCAAUGGGUACCACGCAGCGCCGACCGGAAGUGCAUACGAGGAUGCUUACGGCGGGAGAGAGCAUAUGUAUGCCGAGCCCUCGGGGUACGCGCCUGCGGCCCACGACAGCGCGAUGUACGGCAUGGAGACCUUUCCGGAGGAUGAUAGACCGUAUAUGCCGCGAUGAGCAAGUGCGCUCGUUCUCAUGCGAUACCUCGAUACAUCACCUAAACUUUUUCCUACGAUCGAACUUCUCCACCUCUUGACACGCCUACCCAUAUAUCCGGGAUGUCUGGCAUAGGCCAUGUAGUAUGUUAUGUUGUAUGUAUGAACGAAACAUCAUUUCGACGCUCGCAUUUUCCGA